AGGUGGUGGUGGUGGGGAGUGAGAGAGUGGAAAAUUCAAAACGCAGCUCUCUCUCUCUCUCUCCUGACUCUUCUUCACCUCUCUCGUCACAUCAAUCCACACUGUAUAGUAGUAUCUGUUUUCUUCUUCUUCCUCAAGUUCUCUGCUCUGCUUCUUCACUUUUCCAUUGGUCCCAAAUCCCAAAUCAUUAAAACUUACUUCCUCUUCUCUCAUUUUUAACCUUUAACUUAUCUGACCCCAUCUCUCAAAAAAAAAUCUCUCCUUUCUCUUUCUUCUGACUCAUCCUCUUUGGUCUCUUAAAACUUUCCUCGAUUUCAAUUCUCAAUUGCUUUGGUUCAAGUGAAUGAAAUUGCCGGUACCUCCCCCCCUGUUAAUGUGUCCAUAACCUCGAAUUCGAUUGAUUCCCUUCAUCAAGAUCCCAAUUUUGGAAUGAGCCCGUGAGUGAAAGUUGAGGUCUUUGGCAUCUCAAGUUAACCCAUUAGUUUCUCAAAUCAAGAUCCCAUUUUUCUGCAUUCCAGGGAAAAUAUAAUUCAGUAGAUGGAAGAAUAAUAAUUAAACAAAAAAAAAAAUGGAAGUUGUUGAGAGGAAACGAUCUAGAGGAGGGUUCUUGAAUCUAUUUGAUUGGCCUGGAAAGUCCCGCAAGAAGCUCUUCUCUUCUGCCAGCUCACAACUCUCAGCAGAAGAAUCAAAGCAGACAAAACAGAAUGCUCAAAACCUCUCCAGUCCUUCUCUCAAUGAGGUUGAUGAGGUUAGCAAGAACUUGAGAAGUGAGUCAAGCUGUUGUGGAUCUUCUGUUACUAGCGAUGAGGAAGGGACAGGAACGAGAGCCCCGAGCGUGGUUGCAAGGCUCAUGGGUCUAGAGUCUCUACCUGUACCAAACGUUCAGGAGCCUCGGUUUAACCCCGAUCUUGAUCCAUUCUUCCUCAGACCUUCACGCAACACAACAAGCAGCAAAUGGAAUGCUGCAUAUGAGAAUCUCCGUAGUGACUAUGACCGAGUAUCCUCGGAACAUUUGGAUUCAAGAACGAGUGAUGGCCGCAGCAACAGACCCAUUGAGAGGUUUCAGACUGAAACAUUCCCUCCCAGGUCGGCCAAACCGAUCUGCGUUACCAACAACAGGCUCUUGUCUCCCAUCAGGAGCCCUGGGUUCGUCCCAUCCAGGAACCCUGUUUAUGUAAUGGAAGCAGCUUCGAGAAUGAUUGAACCAAGUCCUCCUAGGAUGGUUGCUGCUAGAACGCGCUUUUCGCCGUCAUCCAACUCUCCUUCAUCGGUUCCUAUGAGGAUUCAAGAUUUAAGAGAGAAACUAGAAGCUGCACAGAAGGUUUCAAGCCGCCAAGUCAGUGAAAUGCACAACGAUAAGAAGAGAGCAUUAGCAUCAGUCUCAAAACCAUCAACUAGUAAUAGUAAGUUCACAGGGAAAAACAGUUCUUCUGAUGGUUUGAAGAGAAAAGCAAAGCCACCUUAUGUAUCUGCACAAGCAAAGACCAGCACAACGCCCUUAAGCGUCCUCAGCAGAAGCCAAAAGGAGAAAGCAGAAGCUAAGAAUGGUCUCAGAGGAGGAGCUCACAUUAACACAGGAAAGAGUGUGCUUAAGCAGAAUCACCAGAAACAGAACUGCAGAGACAACAACCAACGCUCAGUGACCUCUGCUUCAAACCAAAAAAGCAGCAAUGUAGUUAACAAAGCUGUGAACAAGGUUCCGGUGUCAAAGCAGCAGGGUGAGGCAUUAGCGGGAAAGAACACUUACUUAUCUUUGUCCCGCAAAAAGACUCUUCCCAGGAGCAAAAAACCUCCAAAUGGGAGGAUGCAAGGAACUGGAAUCAAAAGGAAUGAAAACGUGAUAAAAUGUAACGUCACCAUUGAUAAUAACACAGGCAAAGAUGAUCGGAAAAAGGAAAUGGAUGUGAUCUCAUUCACGUUCUCAUCCCCCAUCAAAGGCUUAUCAUCUGAUUCUCUAUCUUCCACUCAAGGAAACACAGACCGAGACACAGACUCUGCAGUUAGUUUCGAUAUGUUUGGUGGAGAUUCUUUAAAUGUUCUGUUAGAGAAAAAGCUCAGAGAGCUGACUUCUAAGCUUGAGUCUUCUAGCUGUAGCCUGACCCAAGAAGAGUCUUCACGCUCCAGUGCAAACGAUGGGGUGAAAGGGAAGUCGACACAAAACGGUCUGGAUACGGUUUUAUCAGAGAGUGAAUCUGUUUCUGACUGCACUUCAGUCUAUGACAAACAAAAGUUUCAGAUGAUACAAGCAGAAGAGCAGGAAGUUAGCAGCAUUAGCACUGUGACAGAAGCUGAUGAUCUCAGAAGCUUCUGCAACAAGGGCUUCUCAGAUUGCAGACAGACCACAGAACAUGAGAUUAAACAGUCCUCACCAGAUCAAGAAUUCACAUGGGUUUCAUCAGCACAAGAAGAGUCUGAACUCUCAGAGUCUGUAAUAACACUGGCUUAUUCAGAAGACGAAGAAAGGCUAGACUGGGAGCUUGAGUACAUAUCUGAGAUCCUCGGUUCUGACCAACUGAUGGUGAAAGAGUUUGCUUUGGGGAUGGCUGCUGAUAUAUUACCUGCGAGCCUCUUUGAUGAAAUGGAAGGCCCUGGAGAAGCAACAGCAGCCAAGCUUAGAAGAAAAACUGUAUUUGAUUUUGUCAAUAACUCCUUAGCACUUAAAUGCGAGCAGAUGGUUAGGGGUACCUGCAGAGGGAUAUUCGGGAAAGAGGGGAUUCUGUUUGAACAUAGAGUUUGGUUAGCUGAAGAACUGAACAGAGAGGUUCAGGGGUUGAAGAAGAUGAGGGAGAUGAUGAUGGACGAGCUUGUUGACAAAGAGAUGAGCAGUUUGGAAGGGAAUUGGCUUGAUUUCGAGAGGGAGAGUUAUGAAGAAGGCAUUGACAUUGAGGGAGAGAUAGUCUCUACGUUGGUUGAUGAUUUAGUUAAUGAUCUUGUCUGUGUGUUCAAAGAACAACAAGGGCAUGGGUUAGUGUCUGCUUUUGUCAGAGUUUGAUCUUCUCUCAGCGUUGUAGAAGCUCCUGGUCAUAUCCUCUGAGCAUUCCUUAUAUAUUUUUCAACGGUUCUUUUGAUUUGUUAUGUAUUGUCUUACAUGGGUAAAUCCCUUUAAAGAUCGAAUGAAGUGCAAAUAAACUAUCAAAAUGAUUAAGAAAAAUGUUUAACAACUUUA